AUGGAUGAUGAAGAAGGAUCAUCAAGUUCUGGACCUAUGUCUUCAUUGAAUAGUUUGUUUUCAUUUACUAGUCCUGCUGUAAAAAAGUUGCUCGGUUGGAAACAGGGCGAUGAAGAAGAAAAAUGGGCAGAAAAAGCAGUUGAUUCACUAGUAAAAAAAUUAAAGAAACGAAAAGGUGCAAUAGAAGAAUUAGAACGUGCUUUAAGUUGUCCAGGCACACCUAGUAAAUGUGUAACAAUUCCAAGAAGUUUAGAUGGUAGAUUGCAAGUUUCGCAUCGUAAAGGUUUGCCACACGUAAUUUAUUGCAGAGUAUGGAGAUGGCCAGAUUUACAAUCACAUCAUGAAUUAAAACCAUUAGAAUUGUGUCAAUAUCCGUUCUCUGCUAAACAAAAAGAAGUUUGCAUCAAUCCUUAUCAUUAUAAAAGAGUGGAGAGUCCAGUACUACCACCUGUAUUAGUUCCUAGGCAUUCAGAAUAUGCUCCUGGGCAUUCAUUGUUACCAUUUCAACAAAUAGCAGAACCAACAAUGCCACACAAUGUAUCUUACUCGUCUAGUGGAUUUAAUGCUGGUUCUACUAGUGGUGUAAAUCCAACAUCACCUAUGUCUUCUGUUGGAUCUGUUCCAAGUCCAGGAAGCACAACAUCACCAAAUCCACAAAGUCCAUAUGGUACUAAUGGACUACCAGAAACUCCUCCUCCAGCAUACUCUCCACCUGAAGAUGGUUCACAACCUGGACAAUCACCACCACCUGAUCCAGUAGCAAUGGAUACAAGUGGAUCAGCUGAAGUAGCUCCAGUAUGUUACCAAGAACCACCUUAUUGGGCCUCCAUUGCAUAUUAUGAAUUAAAUUGCAGAGUGGGUGAAGUUUUUCAUUGUCAUUCUCACUCUGUUAUUGUGGAUGGCUUUACAAAUCCAAGCAACAAUUCUGAUCGCUUUUGUCUUGGACAAUUGUCCAAUGUAAAUCGUAAUUCUACUAUUGAAAAUACAAGAAGACAUAUAGGCAAAGGGGUACAUUUAUAUUAUGUGGGUGGCGAAGUUUAUGCAGAAUGUCUCUCUGAUUCUGCUAUAUUUGUGCAAUCUAGAAAUUGUAAUCAUCAUCAUGGAUUUCAUCCUAGUACCGUUUGUAAAAUUCCACCAGGAUGUUCAUUAAAAAUAUUCAAUAAUCAAGAAUUUGCCCAAUUACUUUCACAAAGUGUUAAUCAUGGUUUUGAAGCAGUUUAUGAAUUAACAAAAAUGUGUACUAUAAGAAUGUCAUUUGUCAAAGGCUGGGGUGCUGAAUAUCAUAGACAAGAUGUUACAUCUACUCCCUGUUGGAUUGAAGCACACUUACAUGGACCCUUACAGUGGUUAGAUAAAGUGUUAACACAAAUGGGUUCUCCUCAUAAUGCUAUAAGUUCUGUAUCGUAAUUUGUGCUUCAUAUUUAAUAGCAAGGAGAGAAAAUAGUGAAAUAUAGGUAAACCUGAUAAUUCAAGGACAAUUUUUAAUAUUACAUAGAGCGAUAGUAAAUUAGUUAUCAUAAGAGAUUUAUGAAAGUAUCAUAAAAGUGGUAAAUGAAAAACUGCCCAAUGUGAGAUUCUCUUCAUGUGAGUAAAUUGAACUUAACAAUAUGAUUAUGAAAAUAAAGGGUUGCAAAAGUGACUAAACUAUUGAAAGUGAUCCUUAUUAAAGAAAUUUCGGAGAUUACAGUGUACACAUAAAAGCUGUUUUUGGCUGUUAAAUAGGAAAAGAAUUAUAGCAAAAGUAUGUGUUAUAUAUGAAGAAUCAUAUUUUUCAGAUAUAUUCAAUUACAUCUAAUACUUUAUUUUAUAUGAAAAAAAUUGUUAUGAAAAUAUUUCCUAAAGCUAAUAUUACAAAUGCUUCAUUGAAUUGUUUUAAGACUUAUAUUGAAAUUUAUCUAUACACAAAGAACAGAUCAACUAUAAUUAAACAAAACAUCAUUAUUGAACAAUAUACGGGAAUGAUUCAGAAUUACAAGUAACAUUUUAACUUUUAUAAUUUUUAAUAUAAUGAGCAUCUUUUGAAGCAUCUGAUUUAUGCCUAAACAAGUCUUAAACUAUUUAAAUUUAUUACUCUAAAGACUAUCUAAUCUAAGUGUAAUUAAUUUCAAUUUUUUUAAUGGUAAUAUAAAUAAUAUUUUAAUAUAGACAUCAGAUGCUGAUCUCACGUUGACAUUUGGAAGUUAA